AUGGCUGGAUCGUGGCAGCAGCUCUGCUCCCUGCGGCUGGGUCGAGCCCUGGCUCUCCUCCACUUCAUCUGUCUUCUCUACCCACCCUCAGGUGCUCUUCUUUGGGAUACCAAAGACAACUCACCCCCCCAGAAGGGGUUUGAGGUGGUGAAGGGGAAUUUCUCUCGGACUUUCCUCCGCGUUGACUACCAUAAGAUUGCAGAAAUUCCUGCAGGAGCAUGCAACAUCAGCAUACGAGAGACUAUAAAGAGCCGAAACUACCUGGCUCUGCAGACCCAAAGUGGCAUCUCCAUCAUCAAUGGCAACUGGGUGAUUGACAGGCCCGGGACCUUCCUUGCUGUGGGAACACAGUUCACUUACCGACGACCCAAUGAAAUUCGGUCACGCAUUGGAGAAUCCAUUACUGCACCCGGGCCGGUGACUGAUGACCUGCAGGUUUAUUUGAUCUACCAGCAACCAUCUCCCAGUGUAUACUAUGAGUACAGCUUACCUUUACAAAACACACACCCCACUCCAGAGCCUGAUCCACCUUCUGAUAUACUACCUCUGGCUGAGACAGUGGGCCCAACCCAGCCCAGUGAAGAGGAACAUCAAGGUGACAUCAUCAACAAUAAUAUCAUCAAAAAGAAACCCCACCCUGACCAGGAUCCCUCUGACCCCAGUGUGAACUCUGAUCAUCUGCUUACAUACACCUGGAUGAAGACUGAGCAUACAGCAUGCAGCACCACCUGUGGCACUGGCAGGCGUCAGGUGCUGUGGGAGUGUGUUGAGAAGGAUUCCCAGACAAAUGUUACUGCUGACCUUUGUGACCCUGCUCUUAAACCAGCAAACCAGGAGGAAGACUGCAACACCCAGUCCUGCCCUGCAUACUGGGAUGUGGGGGAGUGGUCAGAGUGCAGCAGGAGGUGUGGACCCGGCACUCAGCACCGCCAGGUCAUCUGCCGUCAGGUCACUCAUGUCCAUGCCAACAGGACUGAGACCUCAGUUACAGUAGCACCAGAGCUGUGUGGGUCGUUUGAUAGACCAGUGACCAAGUCUACCUGUCAGCUGAAGAUUUGCAGCCAGUGGGAGAUACGAUCUGAGUGGAGCCCAUGCUCAGUACCAUGUGGGGUGGGCCAGCGCAGCAGGGAGGUUGUGUGUGUGAGCAACCAGGGUGAGGUGGAGUCGGACGAGGAGUGUAACAUGAAUCUGAAGCCAGACAUACUACAGAACUGUGACAUGGGAACCUGUGCGCGAAGCUGGUUCACCUCCCUCUGGAGCCAACGGUGUUCUGCAGAAUGUGGUCAAGGCAAUCAAACCCGGACAGCGGUGUGUCUGAUUGAUCAUGUGACUGAACUUCCAUUGGACAGCUGUGAAGGGGAACGCCCACAAGAAGUGACAUUGUGUGACUCAGGCCCUUGCCAUAACCGUCUGGAAUGGUACACAGGACCUUGGGGUCAGUGUUCUGCAGAGUGUGGGAAUGGCACACAGACUCGGAGUGUGGCUUGUAUUCUCAACAAUGAUGGUCACGUCGAGGUUGUGGACCUGUUGAAAUGUUCCAGUCUACCCCAGCCAAUCACAGCUAAACCCUGCAGGCUGAAGCCCUGUGGUGUCCAGUGGUAUGUUACAGAGUGGAGUGCGUGUUCACGCUCCUGCAAUGGUGGCUACCGUGUGCGUGAAGUGCGCUGUCUUGCUGACAACAUUUCCCCAAGUGACCACUGUGACCCCAGUUUGACCCCGGAGAGUCGAGAAGAAUGCAACACACAACCUUGCCUAGUUGAGAUAAAUCCAUCAUGCAGCGACCAGUAUCAUAACUGUAUGGUGGUGGUUCAAGCCCGCCUCUGUGUUUACCCAUACUACAGAAGUGUCUGCUGUGCCUCUUGCUCCCAGGCCCAGAAAACAUACCCCAACUCAUUUCAAAAGAAUCACAUCCGCAGGUGA